AAAUGAAACUUCAACGUACCACCAAGAACCUAAAAAAUUUCUUCAUCUCUAUCUUUAAUCUUUAGGUCAUUUCUCUAAUGGCUUCUUCGGGUAAGCAUCUAUUUUUCUUCUGUUUGCUAGUGACGUUUUCCUCUAUCCAGGCUAGAGAGAGCAUGUUCUUUAGCAAGUUCACGAGACACUAUAGCAUCACAAAAGAGAAUGGUAAGAAAGGGCCCAUCACCAUUUUGGCAGUACCAAUUCAAGCACCUACACCAGCACCAGCACCAUCACCAGCAUCGUUACUAGAUGUUCCAGAACCAGCACCAGCACCGGUGUUCGGCGAGAGUGAAAAGGGCCAUGGCCUUUUCGGUGAGGGCUCAGGAAUGUUCCCUCCUAAGGAGACUUCAACCACCACCACCACUUAUGCUGAUGAAAAUGAGCUUUUGAACGAAGAACUUGAUGGUGUAACCUCUGACCAGAAGUAUGAAAACAGCAACUACAACAACAAUGGCUAUACUAGCACUUACAACAAUAAUGGUUACGAGAGGAGCAACUACAACAACAAGAACAACAACAAUGGCUACAAACUUGGUAGUGCUAGAUAUGAGACAGGUAAUCAAAACAACAACGGCUACACCAACAAGUACUACAAUAAUGGCUACAAACUAGCUGGUGAAAGCUAUGAAGCAGGCAGUCAGAAAAGUGAGAAUGGCUACAGCAACAACUACAACAACAACGGCUACACCAACAAGUACUACAAUAAUGGCUACAAGCUGCCUGGUGAAAGCUAUGAAGUAGGCAACCAGAAUAGUGAGAAUGGCUACACCAACACCUACAACAACAAUGGCAACACAAACAACUACAACAACGAAGGCUACACCAACAAGUACUACAAUAAUGGCUACAAACUAGCUGGUGAAAGCCAGGAAGCAGGCAAUCAGAACAGUGAGAAUGGUUACAGCAACAAUGGCAACACAAACAACUACAACAACAAAGGCUACACCAACAAGUACUACAAUAAUGGCUACAAACUAGCUGGUGAAAGCUAUGAAGCAGGCAAUCAGAAUAGUGACAAUGGCUACACCCGCUAUGAGACUGAGAGACAAGGGAUGAGUGACACCAGAUUUAUGGAGGGUGGAAAGUACUAUUACAACGCGAAGAAUGAGAAUUAUUAUCCUGCUAAUAAGUACGAGUCAGGGAAGGUAAGCACUCAAAAUCAAGGUUCUUAUGGAAAUGAUGAGAACCCUAACGAAUUCAACACCAUGGAAGAGUAUAAGAGCCAGGAGGGGUAUGAGGAAAGCCAAGAGGAGUCUUUGCCUUGAAAUACUGUUAUUGUUGUUAAAUUUGUAGUGAAAGGAAAGGUAAGAAUUAUAGAGGAAGAAGAGGGCUUUUGAUGUAUAAUUGAAGGAAAGGCUAAGUUAUGGGAUCAAAUUACAAAUUUCUCAUUUCAUGUGAUUUUCUAAUUUAGUUUUUGGUUUUGACAAUAUUGUUUAUGCUUUGUAACUCAAAAGGGAUGUAGGAUUUUAUAGCUUUGCACUUUCAUGUGAAAAA